GAAUCUCUCUCUCUCUCUCUCUGAUGGACACCCUCGGUUGGAGUUGCAAAGGCAAGCAAAUGAAACUUUUGUCAACAUUGUGCUUGUUUCUCAUUCUCAUGGUUGAGGAAGUAUCUUGUUCCAUGAGACUCCACAAGCUGUCAGAGUUCCACGCGAAGCUCCAACAGAGAGUGGCCUACAGUCCCAAGGAAGACCUCGCCAUGCCCGGUCCAAAUGGUGCCAAGAAGGGGGGAAGGGUGUUCUAUCCGGUAGGAUAUGGGGGUGACCCAGCAGGGACUCGGGAGAGCAGCGAGGCCAUCCUAAGUGCUCUGUCUGAUGCAUUUCAAGUUCAAAGUAAACAGCAAAUGCUACCUGGAGUGUCUGACUUGGGUGGUGUGGUCAUCGAUUUGCAAGGUGGAACCUACUUGGUCUCCAAACCCAUUAGGCUUCCUGCUUCUGGUGGAGGCAAUGUUGUGAUAGAAGGGGGCACGCUGCUUGCAUCAGAAACAUUUCCAAGCGACCGGCAUCUCGUCGAACUCUGGUCCCCGAAUUCUCCGGGUGCCAAUGAUCAAUCGACAUCUUACCCCAAGAUGGUCGAGAAUGUCGGAAUCUACUACGAGGACAUAACUUUCAGAGACAUCCUCCUCGAUUCUAGUUUCCGUGGAGGAGGAAUUUACGUGGUUGAUUCGGCGAGAAUUCGCAUAACAGAUUGCUUCUUUCUUCACUUCACCACAGAGGGAAUCCUAGUGAAGAGAGGUCAUGAGACUUUGAUAUCGGGAUGCUUCCUAGGACAACAUUCGACAGUCGGUGGGGAUCCAGGAGAAAGAAACUUCACAGGCACAGCCAUCGAUCUUCAGAGCAACGACAACGCAAUUACUGACGUCGUCAUCUUCUCCGCUGCUGUGGGAAUUGUUCUGAGAGGUCAGGCCAACAUGGUCACUGGAGUACAUUGUUACAACAAGGCCACAUUCUUUGGUGGGAUCGGCAUACUGGUAAAACUAGCUGGACUAUCGCAAACCAGAUUAGACAAUUGCUAUAUGGAUUACACGGGCAUAAUCAUGGAAGACCCCGUGCAGGUACACGUUACUAACGGAUUCUUCUUAGGAGAUGCUAGUAUAGUAUUGAAGUCGAUAAAUGGUCAAGUCUCGGGGUUGAAUGUAGUGAACAAUAUGUUCGCUGGCGACCCACAACACAUGAAUCCAAUAGUAGCCUUGGAUGGCCAAUUCCCUAACGUCAAUCAAGUGGUGGUCGACAGCAACAAUGCCAACGGAAUGAGCUUAAGAUCGACAGUAGGGAAACUGACGGUGAAAGGUAAUGGGACCAAAUGGGUUGCUGAUUUUUCAUCCAUACUGCUCUUUCCGAACCAGAUAAAUCAUUUUCAGUACUCCUUUUAUUCUCAAGGAGAGACUGAGUUCCUCAAGCAUGCAGUAACUAAUGUAUCAAAUAAUGUGGUGGUGGUCGAGAGUGAGACAGCUGUAAAUGCCAUAGUUUCCGUAGUCGUUGACCAGUACAGCACCCCUGGAGAAGUUAUCUAAUUCUAGAGAAGGGGAAAGUAAUGCAGUUCUACUCUCAUUUAUAGGGCUGGGGUCUAUCUAUGAAGUGCCUCUGAGAUACUAGGGCAUUAAGCAUGCACCAUUAAUGGAACAUCAACCCCAGAUUGUGAAUAGCAUGGAUAAAAUCUACAUGUGAGCAUCACGAAGACAAAGCCAUGCCUUCACAUAGCUAACACCUAGAUCCUUUCUGCUGUAUCCCCGCGCAAGGUUACGCAUCACAUACUUGUUGUAAUCUUUGAUAAUCCUCAUGAUAAUAUCUGAUGUCGAAAUUCCAUUUGUCCUCUUUGUUUCCUUGAA